GACAUUUAUGCAGACGGGUAACUGUUUGCUUGCCGAAUUAUACUUAACCUAUUCGUAUUAUUUAAUUAUUUCGAAUAAUAGUUUUAUUUACCUAUCUAAGAUGCAUGGAAAUGAAUCUGAGUAUUAACUUAAACCCUAUAGGCUUUUUUUAAUAUUUAUCUUUUAUCUGAAAAGUGUGUAAACUAUGCUCAGAGCAGUUUCAACAAUUUAUAUCGAAGGCCAGGCCCUCGAGCUUCUCAUCAAAAAUUCGCGAACGAGAAGGGAUGUUUUUAAAUUAUUUCGCACAAGGCUGCUGUCCACAUCUGCUGCUCUGCACAACACACAGACUGUGCUGACCACUGAUGGAGCACGAUUGGAUAGUGCACGAGCACAGGGAGAGUCGUUGGCCACACCACCCCUCCCUUCCCAAUCGCCGCCGCCGCCUCCGCCACCGCCGCCACCACCACCCUCGCGUCGCUCAUGGACAGUCGCUGCCACCACACUUGCUAUCACAGCCUCACUCGGAGGGGUGUACUUUUAUCGCAAGUUAAGUGAGAAGGAUUCUCCUGCAGCCGGCGACGGCGGCGCGAGCGGCGUAGACGGCGCAGACGGCGCGGCGCCGGAGCCGGCGGCGGCGGAGCUGCCGGAGCGCGUGGACUUCCUGCUGGUGGGCGCGGGCACGGCCUCGUUCGCGGCCAUGCGCGCGCUGCGCGGCGCGCGGCCCGACGCCAGCGUCCUCAUGGUGGGCGACGAGCGCGAGCUGCCCUACAUGCGGCCGCCGCUCAGCAAGGAGCUGUGGCGCGAGCCCGGCCUGGCCGCCGCCGCCGCCGACCCCGCGCGGCUCGGCGCGCUCACCUUCCGCCAGUGGAACGGCAGGCGUCGCAGCGUGUCGUACGAGCCGGCGUCGUUCUACGCGCCGGCGGCGGCGCUGGCGGCGGGCGGCGCGGGCGCGGCGGUGGCGCGCGGCUGGCGCGUGACGCGGCUGGACGCGGCGCGGCGCGAGGCGCGGCUGGAGGCGGCGGCGGGCGGCGGCGCGGCGGCCGCGCGCGUGCGCUACGGCCGCGCGCUGGUGGCCACGGGCGUGCGGCCGCGGCGCGCGCCCGCGCUGGCGGCGGCGGCGGCGGCGGGCCGCUCGCUGGCGCUGCGCGGCCUGCGCGACGCGGCGCGGCUGGCGGCGGCGCUCGACGAGCCGCGCGUGCGCCACGUGCUCGUGCUCGGCGGCGGCUUCCUCGCCUCCGAGCUCAGCGCCUCGCUCGCCGAAUGCUUGCGAUCGAGUGGUAAAACGGUGACGCAGGUGUUCCGCGAGUCGGCGCCGAUGGCGAGCGUGCUGCCGCAGUACCUCGCGGCGGAGACGGCGCGCCGCCUGCAGGCCGCCGGCGUCCACCUGCUGCCCGACACGGAGGUGACGGGCAGCGAGGUGGCGGCGGGCGGCGUGCGGCUGCGGCUGGCGGGCGGCGGCGCGGCGGACGCCGACCUGGUGGUGGAGUGCGUGGGCAGCUCGCCGGACGACGCGCUGGCCCGCAGCUCGGGGCUGGAGACGCACGCGCAGCUCGGCGGGCUGCUGGUCAACGGCGAGCUGCAGGCGCGCAGCGACGUGUUCGCGGCCGGCGACGUGGCCUGCUUCUACGACGCGGCGCUGGGCCGCCGCCGCCUCGAGCACCACGACCACGCCGUCGUGUCGGGCCGCCUGGCCGGCGAGAACAUGGCCGGCCUCGCGCCGCCGCGGGCCUACAAGCACCAGAGCAUGUUCUGGAGCGACCUGGGGCCCGACCUCGGCUACGAGGCGAUAGGCAUAAUAGACUCCAGUCUCCAGACCGUGGGCGUAUUCUCAGCUGAGGCGGUGAAGGACGCGGCGGUGACGGCGCGCUCGGCGGCAGCGGACUCGGACACGGCGACGGCGACGGCGACGGCGACGGCGACGACCGCGGGCGGCGGCGCGACGCCGAGCGAGGGCGGCGCGGCCGGCGACGCGGCGGCGCGGCGCUACGAGCGCGGCGUCGUGUUCUACUUGCGCGAGAAGCGGGUCGUAGGCGUGCUGCUGUGGAAUCUCUUCAACCGGAUGCAUGUCGCUAGACAGGUUCUGGCGCAGGGCGAGUUUGAAGACUUGUUCGAGGUGGCCAAGCUGUUCUCUUUGCACGAGGAAGACUGAGGAGACAAAUAAAUAAAAUAUUUAGCAUUUACUGUAAAUAAUAAUAAUAAUACAUUCACACACUUACUGA